AUGGCGGGCGUCAAUAAUCAACCACCACGACUUCCACCACCCCCUCAAGCACCAGAACCAGCCUUACGACGGGAGCCACGAGCUGAGACGUACGGUGACUACAACUCACCCAAACCCACAGAAUUCCUGUCAUGCAUCCGAAGGCCACCGAUCAAUCGAACAAACUUUGAGCUCAAACCAGCAUUUAUUCAAAUGCUCGCAAGCAAAACUUUCGGAGGAUGGCCUCAUGAAGAUCCCAAUGUUCACCUCGCAACAUUCAAGAAAAUGUGCAAAUCAAUGAUUGUCGAAGGCGUAUCUGAAGAGGCAAUCUUUUUAUGGGCGUUCCCAUACUCCCUGGGCGAUAAAGCGGAACAAUGGUUAUUCAACUUAAAACCUGAUUCCAUCCAUACAUGGGAACAAAUGGAGCACAAGUUCUUAGAGGAGUACUUUCCGCCUCACAAGACGGCCAAUUUCAAGCUGAAAAUAAAUAAUUUUGUUCAAGAGAACGGCGAAAGUCUUUACGACGCUUGGCAAAGGUUCAAAGGUUACCAACGAGCGUGCCCACAUCAUGGCAUGGAUCGAAGGCACCUAAUCUCAACCUUCGUUGAAGGGUUAAGGAAAGACAUAAGACGUUGGAUAAAUGCCGCUGCUGGAGGUUCUAUCCGCAACCUCACUUUUGAGCAUCUCGAGGAAUUAAUUGAAGAAAUGGCGAGAGAUCGGGGCGAUGACAUGGAUGAGUACGACCGAAGGGGAAACAUAAAGUCUAAGGGUGAGUCAAGUGAAGUCCAAUCCCUACGAGCACAAGUCGCCAAACUCACAGUUCUAUUGGAGAAUUCAAAUGCGGUGACAUCAAUUCCACAAGACUCAAGCUACAAUUACACCAUGCAGACCCAAGAACAAGAGGUCGAGAAUGUCAACUAUGUGGCGAACAACCCCUACUCAAAUACAUACAAUCCAGGUUGGCGUAAUCACCCAAACUUUUCUUACAAAAACACCGGAAACACAGAAAAUCUGGCCAAUCAACCCCAAGCCCCAAGAAUACUCCAAAGACCCCAACAUUUUCAACCAUACGAGCAACGCUAUCAACCACAAGUAGCGCAACCCGUACUUGCACCGCAGCCGCAACCCAAAGAUGAGCUUAAGGAAUUGCUCCUAAGCAUGCAGAAACAACUGUCUGCUGAUAUUAGACAAACAAACAACGAGAUUCGAGGGAUGAAGAAUGAUCAAGACGAUAUCCGCAAACAAGUCGAGGGAAUCAACACACAUCUGAAGCUCCUAGACAAUCAAGUUGCCCAAAUGGCGUCAUCUUCAUCAAGGCCCAUGGGAACACUUCCUGGAAGACCUGAGCCUAACCCUCGGGAGCAUUGUAAUGUUGUUGAGCUAAGAAGCGGGAGAAAACUUGAAGAUAUUAAAUCCAAGGAGAAACAAAUCAAUAAAGACGGAGGUAAAGACGAUGUUGUCGAUUCCGACCCUGACAUCAAGGUGGCAAAAGAAGACAUACAAGAGAAGUCAUACAUUCUACCAUCACCAUACAAGCCACACGUGCCUUUCCCUCAAAGGUUGAGAAAACGUGACGAUGACAGUCAAUUCGCAAAGUUUGCUGAUAUGCUGAAGAAAAUGGAGGUAAACUUGCCUUUCACUGAAGUUAUCCUCAAGAUGCCAUCCUAUGCAAAAUUCUUAAAAGAUAUAUUAUCGAAGAAAAGGACGAUUCAAGAAGAGACCAUCGCGCUAAACUCUGAAUGUAGCGCAAUUCUGAAGCAUGAGCUACCCCAAAAGAUGAAAGAUCCUGGAAGCUUCUCGAUCCCUUGCACCCUAGGUAAUGUCUCAAUUAAAAAGGCAUUAUGUGAUCUUGGAGCUAGCGUGAGCCUUAUGCCUCUGUCAAUAUGCAAAAUGCUCAACAUUGGAGAACUCAAACCGACGAGGAUGACUCUACAACUGGCAGAUCGCUCAAUCAAAUAUCCCAUUGGGAUUCUUGAAGAUGUCCCACUUAAGGUCGGGAAUUUUUAUGUCCCUGUCGAUUUUGUGGUCAUGGAAAUGGAUGAAGACUCAAAUAUUCCAAUCAUACUCGGACGCCCAUUCUUGGCCACUGCUGGAGCAGUUAUCAACGUAAAAGAGGGUCAUUUGACAUUGUCAAUAGGAGAAGAAAAAGUAGAGUUCAAGCUCGCUCAAUCGCUCAAACAACCCUCCGUGGAUGAUACGUGUUGUUACAUCGACGUCCUUGAACAAUUGGCAGACGAGAUAUUGGAAGAAUUACGCGAGGUUGAUCCCCUAGAAGUGGCCCUCAUGGCAAGCAAAGUAGAGACAUGCGUAGAUCAAGAAGAGGUGAACGUAUACUCCGAAAUCCUUGACGAAGAAGCUACAAUAUGCUCUAUGGAGACGCCUUGCCCCAUACACAAUGAAGUCGACGACAUCAAAUCACCACAACACGAUGAGAUUGUACCUAACAAGAAUUUCAAAUUGCGGUACCAUGACAGAGCAUAUUGUAGCUUCUUCGUCAAGGAUUUCGGAGUAUACGUUCACCUCUUCUUGAUCUACGCAUGUCUCUACUUUGCUUGCCAUGAGGGCCACUUCUAG